CACUAAUUCCGCCGUACCUGACAGUUCAAUUCCAACCAAAAUACGGAGUGUAUGAAGACUUCCUCCAUGUUAUUUUCGCGGGAGGGGAGGAGCCAAGGCAAAGGGCAGAUGGAUAAUGAUCAUAGUUUCAAGUUACCGGUAUGGACUUGGACUUGAGCCAGCUAUUUUUGGAUGUCAAAUACGCUAUGCAGAGGAUACGCGAUGCAGGGGAUUGAGUCUCCAGAACUUCGGGUCAUAUUGCUGGCGGCUAACUACACGAUAGCAGUGAUUGGACGGGCUAACUCGUUAGCCCAAGCUGCCAGCAUGAAGGAAAGGGCCCUUGAUAAUAUUAGGAAAUUCUUUGUUCGAUGGAAAUCCGCUUGCUCCUUACAGGCGGCAAGCUGAAACACCGUUUUGGACAUGCCAGAGCCAUUCAAUCCCGCCAAGUUCAAGAAAUUCUGGACAGACAACGUUUGCCUGUGGGUAUCCAACAUCAACCAGACAUGCGGGCUAACAGAAUAGUAAGAAUGCUUGAAUAUGGCAAGGUUUUAGCGCCCAGGCUUAUUACUUUUGCAGGCACAACGGAUGAUCGCCUGUAGAAGACUGCCUUUGUUCUGGGAGGUAAAACCCCAAGCUAAGGAAGGAAAUUUAUGCAUAAUCUCAUGCACAGUGUUAGAUGUUAGAAAUUCGGGGCGGUUAAAGGUUUCAUAGAAAGGGCCAGCUAUCUCGAAAAAUGGGGCCAACAAGUUAAGAUAACUAACAACGAGGGACAAUAUUUAUUGGCCGACGAAGGACUACAGCAGUUCUGACACCUGAAAUUCACAGAGCUGGGCCAUGGCUUCGGAUAUACCUCAUUCUACGGAGUACUACUGCAAUGCGGCUUCUGUGAUGCCUGUCCCAGAUUCACGAGCGCUCUCCCUACUCCUAGCCAUCAUGAGAUGGAGUUCCAAGCUUGCUCCUCAGACAGCAACCUACCUUAUUGGAGCAACCCUAGUAAGUGUCACUGGUGGCUCUCCUGUUCACCAUCUCGGACGACAGUGGACUCGGUGGUUAAUUGUCAUCAUCAGCCGCUUCAUAAUUACCUGCCCAGAGGACAGCACACAGGUCUUGGAACUUAUGCCCCUCCCAGGGAUUGCUCAGGGGCUCUUCCUGGGGCCGUUGGUUGGCGUGCUGCUGAGGGAGCGGUUGGCAGGCCCGGGCAGCGACUGAACCAUGAACCGGGAGCGUCGCCGGACCACUGCUGCUGACGACAGUAGACGCAGAGAAACUGGAAGCUCGUCUUGUCGGUUUACUUGGCUACAUCAACGUAGUCCUGGGCGUGGUCAUCCUUGGUGUGACUUUACAAAAACCGCAGUCAUUUGAUUGCACCUUGGUUGGGUUUGCCAUUUCUAACCUCGGGCUGCAGCUCGUUACCACGCCUCUCAAGAUGUCUUGCAUUGGUUGCCAUGUAUCUCAAGCGCUGUCGGCUCUGCAGCUGAUCAAUGUCAUUCAGCAAACUAUCUCCUUUACCAUCCCCUUCUGGAGUCCCAACUUAAACGAAGCUGCCGGAUAUAGACUGGGAUCCGGUAUAGAGGUGAUGAUUUCGGUGAUAUUCUACGUGCUUAGCUUGAUAAUCAUUUUAAAGAGGCCAUGUUUGGAGGCAGACUAUCCGAGUGAAAGGAAUGGGCAGCCGUACUACAAGCCCGCAUAACAACACAGCUAAACCGGGCGCCUGACCAACAACGACAUGCUACUAGCUCGGCCACAGCCCGGGAUACACAGCAGUAUAAGUCCUUCAAUCUCUCCAAAGGCUCGUUCUUAGAUUGCUCUAUCGGAGUCUAGCCCGUCGCGGAUUCUGCGGACCCAUACUUGGGCCGACAAAGAUGGCCUGACCAACCACUCGUAUACAGCAACCAACGAGCCCACAAGCAACCGACAUCUAGAGCGAGUAUGAAGAAUGGUUCGAGGCCCAGGAUGGAUAACCGUAU